AUUGAUAAAAUUAUUUCAGAAAUAAAAUGGCUUUUUACUCCAGCGCAAUCACUGAAAACUUUGAUAUUGGAGAGACCCUUGGAGUGGGCUCCUACGGAAGAGUUCGAAUGGUUAGAGAGAAACACACCGGAGAAAUUUAUGCUUUGAAAAUCUUGAAAUAAAGCUGAGGUUAUUAGCCUAAAACAGCAUCAACAUGCUAUCGAUGAGCUUAGUAUUAUGAGACAUAUCGACAAUCCUUUGUUAAUUUCGUUCAGAGGAGAUGCCUAUGAUAGCAGAUAUAUCUACAUUCUCAUGGAAUUCAUCCAAGGAGGGGAACUUUCUACAUGGAUCAAGAGGCUAGAAUACUUCUCUGCUGAAGAAACCAGAUUUUAUGCUGGACAAGUAGUACUGAUGUUCGAAUACCUCCAUUCAAAAUAACAUUAUUUAUCGGGACCUUAAGCCAGAAAAUUUGCUAGUCGAUCAAGAUGGAUAUCUCAAGCUAGUCGAUUUUGGAUUUGCCAAAGUUUGCUAUGACAGGACGUACACAUGUUGAGGAAGUCCUGAAAAAUAGAGGCCAUGGAAAGCCAGUAGACUGGUGGACACUAGGAAUUCUUAUGUAUGAAAUGCAUGCAGGAAUUACACCUUUCUUUGAUUUUGAUCCAAUGAUUAUGUAUAAGAAAAUACUGAAUGGAAAAGUUAGCUUUCCUUCUAAAUUUGAUAAAAAAUUAAAAAGUUUGAUAAAAAAACUCCUCACUUACGACCCAACCAAAAGAUACGGGCUGACAAAAUCAGGAGAAUUAGAUAUUAAAUCUCACAACUUGUUUGGCGAAGAUUGGAAUUGGACAGAUCUUGAAGACAGAAUAAUGCCUGCUUAUAUCAAACUAGAAUUCCAGUCAAGAGACGAGAUCUCUUACUUCCAUCAAUAUCCAGAUUCUCCAGAACCUGCUGAGGAAGUUCCGGAAAAGGAUGAUCCUUUCCUUAUUUGGUAGCUCUAUUCCACCUUUUUAUGGCUCAAUUAUA